AUGAGUCGCCAAUUGAAGGUUCGGACUGGGUGCUCGGUUUGCAAGAUACGUCGCGUCAAGUGUGACGAGACGAAACCUUCUUGUCUUAAGUGCACCUCGACGGGUCGUACGUGUGAAGGUUAUGCGCCACCGCUACCGAGGAAGUCCAGGACGCGCCGUUCCAAGUACGACGUUUUGGAGAUGCCACUGGAUCGCAGUAUUGAUGUUAAGUUCGAUACACCUGACGUUAGCAUUAUCUUGAACUCAAACGUUUACGACCCAGGUUACGCAUGGGGUGUCCCCAGGAGCUUAGACCGCGCACGUGACGGAGUCGACCGGGACGAAAUUCGAAGCCUCGCUUACUACCGUACGCGUGUCUCCAAUGAUAUCUGCAGUUAUUUCGAUACAGACUUCUGGUACAACCUCGUUCUGCAACACGCUACUCAGGAGAAUUGGAACGGACGGGCCACUCCUGGAGGUGCUUAUAAUGACCUGCCUUAUAUUCACUUGGAUAGAAUUCGUAAGGGACAAUGUGGACGAUUCCUUGAGACACCUGCACAGUGGUCUUCGGAUCCUGUGCGAACAGCGGCAGCUAAUAGGCUCUCGAGUGGUGAUCGAGCACAUGGCUAA